AAACAGCUUUGAAACACAUUGUUGGACAACAGCGUUGGAUAGCUCUCUCUCCCCCCACAGCACAGACAGCACAGCGUUGGCUAGCUCUCUCUCCCCCACAGCACAGAAGCCAGCGAGUGUCUCACAACCAAAGCAAACAAAGCCUUAUUAACGUGACCAGAGGGAGACUCGGGGAGACACAACUGGACUGUCUACUCUCAGGGAAGAGCAGGAAGCUGGGGACGCUUGACUUCCCAACACCCUGAUCCAGAGCCCCUGGAGGGAGGCAGUCCUUCCCUCUGCUGAGGAACACAGCGUGCACACUCUUUCCUGCUGAGGAACACAACAACAACAACCACAAGCCUGAGAAGAAGAAGAGAGACCAGGUCUUUCUCUUUUCCUUUCUACCUCGUCUCUCCAGUCCCUCACCAACUGCCUGAUCUGCUGUCAUCAUGUCAGACGGAGAGGAGUGUCGCUCUCCCAUCGGUCUGGACUGCUGCUCAUGCUGCCUGGACCUGGCCAACUGCGACGACCCAGCUGGAGGUGGGGGCCAGGGCAGAGGCCACAGCACCCCACUGAUGGGCAGCCCCACGUCGCUCAGCCACUUCCGCCAGUUCCGGGAGCAGCUGACGUUCCAGAACCAGAACGUGAACACGGACAAGCUGAACAGCAUGAUGAGGCUGGACUCUCUGGAGUCGGUGGUCAGGGACCCCUGCUACCUGCUCAACGAGGGCAUCUGCAACAGCAACAUCGACCGGACCAUGCUGUCCAUCCUGCUGUUCUUCCACAGUGCCUCGGGUGCUAGCGUUGUUGCCAUUGACAACAAGAUAGAACAGGCAAUGGAUCUGGUGAAGAACCACCUGAUGUACGCGGUCAGGGAGGAGGUAGAGAUCCUCAAGGAGCAGAUCAGAGAGCUGGCUGAGAAGAACAAUCAGCUAGAACGUGAGAACAGCCUUCUGAAGAACCUGGCCAGUCCAGAACAGAUGGAGAGCUUCCGGGAACGGGUUCCAUCCGAGUCCGAGCCAGGCGCUCUGGUCCCCCUGCAGCUGGACAACCAGUACCAACUCCAGCAGUACCAGCAGCAGACUCAGCAGUACCAGCAGCAACAAGCCCAGAUGGGACUCCAUAACCCUGACCAGUCCUGCCCCAUCAGCGCUGGCUCUGCUGUAUAGAUGGCUCUGCCUUGGAACUCCAGUUGUAAACUAAUCGUCGCUGCCAACUUCAGUGAAGCUGUCUGUAACAGAUGAUGAAACACAAUUGACGAACGAAGCACAUGAAAAGACGCUCUAACUAGCGGCUGUAGGCUGAGGCUGUAAGCUAUGAUAAGCCCGUCCGUCCUACGACAUCUAGACUAUUUCUCUUUAGACAGAAGCCCUAAACGAGAGGGCUCAUGUAGCCAGCCGGAGAGCGCUCGCAUUGGGACAGAGGGGAGGCUCCGGCCUUCUGGGGCCAGGAGGGCACAACCCUUCAGCCAUUCUCUACCACCCCUGCUACAGAGGGGGGAGAGGGCUAAGAGACAGGGCUGGCCCGGGGACCUGAUCCUGUGGAUGCCUCUCCAUGCCAGAGUGGCCCGUCCUCCAUUUUACCUCUCCUGGUCCAGCCAAGGAAAAAGGAAAUCUUCUCCAAGACAGACAGACAGAGAGACGGCCCUCCAGUCUCCACUAGACCCCCCCCAUGUGGAUUUCUUCUUCUAACUUCUGAUAGUACAAGCUCUGAGUAGUUAGUCAGAGAAUAUCUCAACCAUCUUAUGACUGUUCCCACCUAUCACUACUGAUAUUCUCUGUCAAUAUUCCUUUAAGAAGCAACAUGUCAAAAGGAAACCAAACCUGAGCUCCAGCAGAAAGAGUAGAAGGGAAAGAGGAUCUAGGAGAUGCUGGACUGUUGCUGGUGCUGGGAGAGAGAGAGAGGCCUGUUGCUUCUCUAUCUCAACCUCACUGGUGAUAACUGAUUACCGUAAUCAUGAUUCAGAACAUCAUUGCUUGUGUUCUUUGCAGUUUGGGGUGUGCUGCUUAUGGGGGAAAAUCCUGCUAUUUUACAUUUGUUUUGUGAUUCUGAGCAAAGUGGAAUACGUGUUAAUAGGAGCAUUGUAACUGUUCAGUUAAAUGAUUUAUUAUGGGGAUGGAAGUAUCUGUUACCCAUUUUGCCUAGCUCUGUCCAUUUCACUAACGUGUUCAGAGUAGUGGGCUGGAGAUGAAUUUGACAAGCUGAUGUUCUAAAGGCUGCGAAUGCAAUCCUGACCUGGCAGACGUGUUCUGUUCCGCAUGUUCAGAUGCCAACCUCAACUUGAAUCAAUGGCAUGACUGUAGCGCCUAUCUCCAGGAAAGGAAUACCAUAUUUCCACAAUGGACUUUUUGUUUUCUAACUACCAAAGACUUUGUCUCAUUACUACUUCCAACUAAACCAAACAACCUGGACCAUGUGUACAUCGUUCACAGGGAGAACUCUUGUUAGCAGUAAUGUUUUUUUUGAUAAACGUUGGGUAUUGUUGCUGUAUUGUGUCCAUGAAACAGGUAUUUUUUUUUAAAUGAUGUAAUGGAGAAAAAUGCACAUUUGCAAUAAACUUUCCGUUUACACUAAAGCUAA